UCCAGAAACAAUCGAUGCAAUGUAUGACGCCUGCCGAUACGAGAAAGCCUGGACCGUGACUAAACUUUCACCUUGGUGCGCCGUCUUUAGCAAAGAGGAGCUCCGCAUCCUGGAGUAUAGAGAGGAUCUCGAUUAUUACUACAAAGCGGGCUACGGACGAGAGAUCAACGCUCGUCUAGGAUGUCCUCUUCUGCACAAUAUGAUGCAACAUUUUGGGAAUAUAGCCAACGAUCAGAUGUCGGGCGAACCCACGGGCAUCUUUUACUUCAGUGAUAUAAUCAGCCUGCAAAAUCUCCUAACCGCUAUGGGCAUAAACGAGGAUUCGACACGAUUGACUAGUUACAACUACAAGGACAUGGCCAGACGACAGUGGCGCACGUCUCUAAUAUCGUCCUAUGCCGCGAAUCUUAUCGCCGUAUUUUACAAAUGUAACGACAACAACGACCGCAAUAAAGUAAUGUUUUACCUGGCGGAAAAACCAGUGCGAUACGAAGGCUGCCAGGUGGGCCUUUGCGACUGGGAAUUUUUGAAGAGGAGAUUAGGCAAACUGGUGUCCAAUUGUAAGCUCGACGUCUGCUGGAAUGUGAACGGAGCAUCCUCCAGCUUCCCGAAUUCCAUAGUCAUCCUAUUAGUAUCCGUUGUUCUAGUCCGCCUUGGUUACAGCCGACAACUGUGAAUAAGUUAUUGUUAUAUAUAAUAGUUUCACAGCUAUUAGAUCUUAAAUUGUAAAAUAUUAAAUAAGAAAAUAAUGUCUCUUCUUAGAGAAACCGUGCAAAGAAUUAAAUUAUAUAUAAUUAUAUAGCUCUAUUAAAUUUGUAUUAAUAAAUUCUUGCAGCUUUAUAGGUAUUAAAUAUAUUAAAUCUAUUAUGAUAUAUAUGAUAGCAACG